AGUCCACAGACAUUCGAAUUUGAUCCCGUCUGCGCUCACAGCCUGCCUUUCUCGUACCAACAACCCCCAGAACUACCCAACAGAACCCUCUGCACUCCCGUCGUAGCCAUGGUCAAGAAGCGCGCUUCCAACGGCCGCAACAAGAAGGGUCGAGGCCAUGUCAAGCCCAUCCGCUGUUCCAACUGCUCUCGAUGCACUCCCAAGGACAAGGCGAUCAAGAGAUUCACCAUCAGGAACAUGGUAGAAUCUGCUGCUAUCCGUGAUAUCUCCGAUGCCUCUGUCUUCCCCGAAUACACCGUACCAAAGAUGUACCUCAAGCUCCAGUACUGUGUGAGCUGCGCUAUCCACGGCAAGAUUGUUCGUGUCCGAUCCCGUGAGGGACGCCGUAUCCGUACCCCACCACCGCGUGUGCGAUACAACAAGGACGGCAAGAAGAUCAACCCACAGCAGGCUGCGAAAGCUGCUGGUGCUCAGGCAUAGAGAUAAGGUUGCUCGAUGGGGAAAAUGACGGGAGUUUCUGCGGUUCAACUAUGGGCAUUUAUGCAUGAUUUGGCGCACGAAAUUACCACGAGCACAGUCGUGUAUUCAUGCAUGAAUCAUGACUGAAUAGAAUAUAGUCAUGAGGAUCAUGCACCUACUGCUCUGAGUCCUCAACACAAUGCGAAGAAAAUGCAAGCUAUGUAUUAGUGGAUAUAUACAUAUCACAAUUUAUCGUUCCGUUCCGUCAUA